UUAGAUUUUCCAAGUUUUCAUCAACUCUUUAUUUUUCUUACAUACAACAAUGAGACAGGCCAUUCUCCUGCAUUUCUUCCUCGGAGUCUCGGCCUAUUUGAGCUGCGUUUCGCUUGUCACGGCCGAGGACCCUUACGUCUAUAUCAAUUGGGUUAUUGAAUAUGGCGAAGCUGCGCCUCUUGGCGUCGACCAAAGAGUGAUUCUUGUCAACGGACAGUUUCCUGGGCCGACAGUUAACGUGGUCACAAACGACAACGUGAUAGUGGAGGUCGAGAACAAACUGGACGAGCCAAUGCUCAUCACAUGGAACGGGGUGAAGCAGAGGAAGAUGUCGUGGCAGGAUGGAGUGCUGGGGACGAACUGCCCGAUCCCUGCCAAAACGAACUGGACUUACAGGAUGCAAAUGAAGGAUCAAAUUGGGACAUACAACUACUUCCUAUCCACAUUGAUGCAUAGAGCUGCAGGGGGCUACGGUGGCCUCAAUAUCCUCGCGAGGUCCAUCAUCCCCGUCCCCUACCCCAAGCCUUUCGAGGAGAUCACCGUCCUCGUUAGCGACUGGUGGAAGAAAGAUCACAAGGAACUCCAAGCCAUUCUUGAUGCAGGGAAGCCCUUCCCUCUACCUGAUGGCAUGCUUAUCAACGGCAAACAGUCCACAGUUUUCGACGUCGUCCCAGGGCAAACAUACUUGUUCAGAGUGUCAAACAUAGGAAUCUCCACUUCAAUCAACUUCAGAAUCCAAGGCCACACAAUGCACCUAGUGGAAUGCGAAGGCUCCCACACGGAGCAAGAAGCGUACGAGUCACUCGACCUCCAUGUUGGCCAAUCAAGCUCUCUCCUAGUCACCAUCAACGGCGGCAACCCCAGGGACUACUUCAUGGUGGCAUCCACCCGUUUCACCAAGCCAAUACUAACAACCACCGCGACCCUCCACAGCCAGGGCUCAACCAGACCGGCCUCGACUCACUUGCCCAUCGCGCCAACCUACCACAUCCACUGGUCCAUGAAGCAAGCCAGGACCAUCAGAUGGAACCUGACAGCCAACGCAGCAAGGCCAAACCCACAGGGGUCUUACCACUACGGGACUAUCCCGGUCGUCAGGACAGUAAUUCUAGAAAACAGUGCCACCAAGAUUGAUGGGAAGACAAGAUAUGCUGUUAACAAGAUAUCUUACAAAAACCCAGAGACGCCGUUGAAGCUGGCUGAUUACUUCAACAUCCCCGAUGUCUUCACCGUGGGGUCCAUCCAAGACAGCCCGCCGGCUGGCCCUGCAGAACUCGGAACCUCGGUUCUGGGGACUGCUCUGCACGACUUUGUCGAGAUCGUCUUCCAGAACACCGAAUCCACCGUCCAAUCGUGGCAUUUGGACGGCAAUGAUUUCUGGACUGUUGGAUUUGGGAGUGGCAGGUGGAAUACAACUCUGCGCAGACGGUUCUACAACUUGCACGAUUCUCCCACCAGACAUACAGUUCAGGUGUAUCCGUAUUCAUGGAGUGCGAUAUUGGUGUCGUUGGACAAUAAGGGGAUGUGGAAUUUGAGGUCUGCAAAUUGGGCAAGGAGAUAUCUGGGGCAAGAGCUGUAUGUGAGAGUUUGGAACGACGAGAAGAGUCCGUAUACAGAGACAGAUAUUCCGCCUAAUGCUCUGCUUUGUGGAUUGGCCAAGCCGUAGUCCAAAUUCAAAUCUCAACGUUGCUGUGAUCUUUGAAUUUUUCUUUUCUUUUUUGUUAUUAUUGGUUUAUGUUGGUUUUGUAUUCAGUUACGAGGGUGUGACUGUAUGCAAACAAGAAGUGCUUACCAAAGAUAGAAACAGAGGUAGA